AAAAAUUCGUUUGGCGGUGGCGUUGCGCAUGCUGGCAGGAGCAUCAUACCUAGAUGUCGCGGUGCUGUUCGGCAUUGCAAAGGAGACUGUAUUCCACGUCUUGUGGGAAGUGGUGGACGCGAUCAAAAACACGCCGGAGGUCGGGGCGUUCUUUUUCCCUCAGACAAAGGAUGAUUGCGCGCGGCAAGCGAAGGAGUGGGAGGCCAAGAGCACCGGCGGCGUAUUCUCCGGUUGUGUUGCUGCUGGAGAUGGCCUGUUCGUCAAGACCAUCGCCCCGUCUCCGGUGGAUACCCCGAACGUGCUCUCCUACUUUUCCGGGAACAAGAGUGGGUACGGGUUGAACAUCCAGGCGACCUGUGACGCCAACUACCGCUUCUGCAGCAUGUCGGCCAUUUCGGCCGGUGCGACGAAUGACUGGACAGCAUGGAAUCGUUCUUCGCUGUCAGACUCGGUGGCGCGCCUACCACCUGGGUUCUACGUGCUAGGCGAGGCGGCGUACCCUCUCAGCGAUCAUCUCCUCACGCCAUACCCGGGGAAGUUGCUGCCACGAGACGAAGACUCGUUCAACUUCCACCUGAGCCAACUGCGAGUGAAGAUCGAGCAAGCUUACGGCAUCCUCGUGGGGCAGUGGGGGAUUUUGUGGAGGCCGUUGCGGGUUCAGUUCGCAGGCCGCAGCGCCCUCAUCACGGCCCUCUUUCGUCUGCACAACUACCUCCGCGACGAGCAAGUGAAGCCGGUCCACAUGUCAGAGGAAGACACGGAGACCGGGCGCGACCGUCCCCAUCUGACGGAAAACGACACUGCCGGAAGACUUUCGAACAACCGACACGGGGGUGCCGAAGCCGACGAGGUCGGGAGACGUCCCCACCCGCCUGGCGCUGAGGAUGCUACUGGACAACAGGCGACAAUACCGCCCUCUAUUCAACCUGCAGCGCAACGAGGCAUUNGGAUUUUGUGGAGGCCGUUGCGGGUUCAGUUCGCAGGCCGCAGCGCCCUUAUCACGACCCUCUUUCGUCGGCACAACUACCUCCGCGACGAGCAAGUGAAGCCGGUCCACAAGUCAGAGGAAGACACGGAGACCGGGCGCGACCGUCCCCAUCUGACGGAAAACGACACUGCCGGAAGACUUUCGAACAACCGACACGGGGGUGCCGAAGCCGACGAGGUCGGGAGACGUCCCCACCCGCCUGGCGCUGAGGAUGCUACUGGACAACAGGCGACAAUACCGCCCUCUAUUCAACCUGCAGCGCAACGAGGCACUGUAGUCAUCGAGGGCUGACAGGCGGAAGGGGCUCUGUGCGGGUUGAACCCGCUCUGGACU